GGGAGAUCUUGCUGCACCAGUUAUCACGUGGAGUAUAGCUGGCCCAAGCUCCCUCAGUCCAGACAAACAAGACAAACAGAAACUUCGCCAACUUCCUUGUCGAAGACAACUCAACAGCAGAAAAUCGUCGCAAGUGCUUCAUUGUCCAGAGCAAUGAAAUACUGAAUUCCCAUGAGAGGACGCUGGAGAACCGCAUCGCCACCUCGAUCACUUCUUCAGCAACCAAAUGCCAAAGCUUCAUUCGUUCGCAACCCCGUUGAGCGCAUCUCCAUCCGCUCCCCGAUCAUUCCUCUUUAGCCCAACUACAAGGCAUAUUUCGCGAAAAUGCCCUCACUACUCAUCACCAUCCUGUUACUUAACAUCGUAAUAUAUGUGAUUAAUACGAUUGGUGCAGCUACAAUAGAUAGCUUGCUAUGGCUCUUUUAUAUCAAGCUGCCCACAGGCACCUCACAUAUGGCCCGGGAACAGCGCCGGUUGAAAAGAGAAGUUAUACAACUUAAGCGCGAAAUGAACGCAACCAGUUCACAAGAUGAGUUUGCGAAAUGGGCCAAGUUGAGACGGAGACAUGAUAAGGCGUUGGAGACAUAUGAAGCUAAGAACAACGAACUCACCCAAUGCAAAUCCUCCUUCGACAUGACUGUCAAAUCCGUCCGCUGGGCAGCCACUUCCGGGCUAAUGCUCUUCCUGCAAUUCUGGUACUCCAAAAGGCCGAUUUUCACUUUGCCGCCAGGAUGGAUUCCUUGGCAGGUGCAGUGGGUGUUGUCCUUCCCCCGUGCGCCGAUGGGUACUGUGAGUAUACAGAUCUGGGGCGGCGCGUGCGCUACUGUUGUUGCAUUGGUCGGAGAUGCGGUGGGAGCUACUAUGGGAUUUGUAUCCGCGUCGAAAAAGGAGGGAAUGAAAGUUGGAGCAGGUGUGGGAGAGAAGGAAGGCAAGAAAAGCCAGUGAGUGGCAAUGGAUGUCUACGAUAAAAGGAAAUUUAUGCUAUGUUUUGUUUAGUUGCAUGCCAUGUAUAUACAUACCAUACACGAUGUUCAUGUCUGAUUUACAUACCAAACUAAUGAUACUUUUGAAAAGAGAAUAAAAGUAGUAAAAACGUAAGGUCAUUUAAUUCUGCUAAUCCAAAUAUUCAGCCGUGCGGAGUAAGUUUAAAUAUACACAUAUCUUCAUGUCCAUCAGAUUAUAUUUUAAUCAUUUGAGUCUUCAACAGCUCUGAUGAGCCUCAG